AUGGAGCAGUCACAGAUUGAAUACAGCCACACAAGGAAUUCACAAGGCUACUUUAUGUCCGUGUGUGAUAUUAGCAUCCCUCUUUCCAGCAUUACACUGGGAAUUUUAAACGUCACUGCUCAAAUAUUUCCAAAUGGUACAAACAGUUCUUAUGGACUAAGCUCAAACAACUAUAUACCCAUAGAACCACCAGAUAUACCACCUGUUAUAUUGAUCAACCAACAACCAACCACUAACACGACGGUAACUAUACAAGAAGGUGACAACAUUACACUUAGCUGUAGAAUAGUUGGUGGAAACCCAAAUACUGGAAAUAUUUCUCUAACGUGUGGUUUCAACAGUAGCGUAUCAGAAGGCAACCUUGUACAUCUAGUUUUAGGAAAAGUUUUCAGGGAAAGAAAUGGAGAAAUAUAUAAAGCAAUGGUAACAAGUUUCUCCAUCAUUGGUUCAAAUAAAACCACAAUUGAAGUAAAAAAUGAAAGCGUUGUAGCUUUUCAAUGUGAAGCGGACGGAAACCCAAAACCUGUAAUAACAAUUGGGAACGAAAGAAAAGUGUAUGCGACAGACUCUGGAAUGUUGAGUACUUUAAUGGCCUGUGAAGAUGGAGGCGAUUAUUUUUGUAAGGCAACCAACGGUUUUCCAACAGACCAGGAACCACAGCACAAGUACAAUACGACAGUCUAUGUUUUCUGUCCUCCACAGCUAAAGACUAAAGAUGUACAACUCGAUGUAUAUUACGAAGCGAAGGGAAAUAACUUUUCAAAACAUCUACUUCUUUUCGGAUACCCUGCACCCGAGAUUUUCGUUAUUUAUAAACUAAAUGCCACAACAAAGCUCAAUGCUGUGAUACCACUAAAUAAAUAUGAUGACUUAAACAUGAUGUCCAGUAAUGGAAAUAGAAUUUCACUAUUAUUUUCUUAUCAGGAUAUACCAUAUGGAGAUUUGCAUAUUGCAGUUAACAGUUUGAUAGCAACCGAUUUCACCAGCUAUAAGAUUUAUAUUUCAAACAAUGUUACUAGAAAUUUGCUAGAGUAUAGUUUUGAAAUUAAAGAAAUUGAGGAAAAUUCAAAUGACGUCAUUGCGGCAUCAGUUGGUGGAACACUGGCUGCUGUUGUGCUUAUUGUUGUGUGUAUAUUAGCCAUAGUUCAACGUCGUAACAUUCUUGAUAAAAUACAGACCAUUGUGUAA